AUGUCAUCCAUACGCGAAAAAGAACCAAAACAGGCUCGCAAGUACUCAGGGCUCAGCAUCCGUGUCCGUAUCCUAGAAACUUGGAAGUGCCUUGACUUUGCUUCAAAGAAACUUGACGCGACGCGGUCACGUAAGGCAGGCUGUGCGUAUGACGACACGCGUUAUUUACGCGUUCCCUCCCGUAUCCCCACUAUCCGUCUCGUCGAGGCAACCCCGUCUGCGGCGGGGAACACCUCGCAAGUCAACUCCUCCUUCAACAGCUUCAACGGAUCUGUCGUCACGGUGCCCUCGCCUCUGGCACCACGUCACGAGAACGAGGGACCUCGACGACGACUGAUUCCGAAGAAGUCAAAGUUGGGGCUACUAGGAUCAACUAGCGGGAAGCCCAAGGAGAAAGGGAAGGACCUCUCCGACGUCGUGAGACGUGUGGGAGGGUCUGCCUCCACGGGUCGGGGCGGGUUCGAAAUAUACGUGGAUCCGACUGAGGAUCCCGACUUUGAUGAUAUUGUCGUGGUGAAGAAGAAGAAAUCCAGGGCGGCUUUGGAUGGUAUUACCUGGGGCCUCGGUACGCUAGGAGACGUUACGAAUACGACUCAAACAGGUGGUGCAGCGAAGGUGAAGGAUGAGAGGGGCGAGAAGGACAAAUGGUGGACGAUUGGGAGGGGACGCAAAGACUCCAAGGAGAAGCCCAAGGGUAAAGAGCCCCAGACCGUCAAGCCUCGGUCCAAGACUCCCGAGCCGGCAAGGCCGCUCGCGUUCCAGGAUUCGAGAGCUCGAUUCAAUUCGCUGGACUCAGGAAUACUGCUCGCUACUCCUACUACCGCACAGCAUGCAGCUCAUAAUCCAGCUCCGCUACAUGGUUCGACACCGCCGUUUUCAUCCCUGAGGCCAGAGGCUCCCAGCCCAACAUUAUUGGCCCCGCCGGAUGCGAACGCACAGAACACGGGGUCCAUUGCCAUCCGCGCCAUGCGAUCGAUGAGGUCCAUGGCGAGAAUAGGAAGCUGGGCGCAACUGAAGAAUCCCGAAAACCAAGGGUCCAUGAGAGGCAAGUCCAAGUCCACCAAGGAGGCGGAGAAGGAGGCGAAGACGGAGACGAAGAAAAAGAAGAAAAAGGAGAAAGUGGAGAAGAAGGAAGAAAAGCAACGGACCAUCAAGACGUCGACGAGCAGUUUCGAGGCCGGCGCGUUGAGCGCGUCGCCCGCGGCUGCGCAGUCGCUGGGGAAGAAGAAGAGCAUGCUUGGGCUCGGAUGGCCGUCGACGAUGCGCCUUGGAAUGACGAGGAGUAACUCGUCAUCGACGUCCAUCGUGUCGGCGCAGAACCAGAAUCGCCUGUCCGUUGGGUCGUCCAUCAAUUUGCAUACUACGGGCCGCAAUCGUGCGCCGUCUACACUCUCGAACGGGUCUUCGCUGCGGCCCCUGUCGACAUCCUCCGAAAGGACCGGCAAGUCCUCGUCCGGCUCAAUGAUCUCGGUGAAGUGGGACGAGCAGGUAUUGGAGACUGUCAAGGAGAGGACGAAGAAAGAGCGGCAAGUCAAACGCCAGGCGUCAGCUACGUUGAAUGAGCAAACUCGGAAGACAAGCGCAGGUAGUGAGAAGGAGAGUCGAAGGAGCUCCGCGUCUAGGAGGCGCCCGCGUGUGACGGAACUGUUCCAGGACGCGCUGCCCGAAGCUCCGGAAGCUCCGGAAGCCUCUUCUCCAAGGUCUCCCUUGCUGACCCUGGAGGAGGCUACGGAAGACGGGCAUCAUGACGAGCUGCACCAGGUCCCUUUGGAGACGCCUAUUAAAGCCGCUCGUGCCAGGCCAGUUUCUGAACAGCUGCUGGGGCAAACAAAGCAAUCGAGGCCUACCCCGAUCUACGAUGAUGGGGAUGGUUAUAUCUCUCUUCUGGACGCCGCAACCAAUGAUUUGGCGUCCUUGAUUGAUCGCUUGGACCUGCAGGCGACACCAAAGAGUAUGGACACGUCUCCAAUCAAGCGUUCUUUGUCCAGCUCAGUACCCAUGCCUCGUCCCAAGGAACCUCAGGAGGACGGAAGUCCUAUUAAGAAGAGAAUGGACAUGGAGAAUACCCAGCAGCAACCCUUGUUGAGGUCCAGCAUGGCGUCCAUUCAGUCAAUUCGGCCAUACGCGCAAUCUAGGGGCAGGAACUCUAUACCUGCUCCCGCACAGAUAAUCGGUCAACAGAUUGCUCCGUGGCCCAUCUCGCCCGGCAAGCCGAAGCGUAAGGACGCUCGUUCAGACCAGGACAGGAACGCGCCGGUUGCUCCGACGCUACGUCGCAGUCACAAGAGGACAGAAAGCGGGACGCCGGUUCCUGCUCCCGACCUUCCAGUGUUCCAGCCUCUGAGGCCACCUCAUUCGAAGGUGCCCUCGGCCUCCAUGCGAGUGAUAUCGACCAUAGAGGAUACAGAAUCGCCGGAAGUAGCUCGCACACCUGCUGUGGAUCACAGUGAGCAGGUUGUGGCGUCUUCGCUUACCUUCGGCUCGAGACCGUCGAAGACGGGUCGUUCUGGCUCCAACAAUGGUGAGAGGGACCGGUCGCCUACCCCCGCCUCGAGGCGUUCCUUCCGGCAAGCUUCGCGUGACCGCCUCAACGAGAGCAUGCCUAUUCCCCGCGAGGCUCGUAGGGGUCUUGGCCUUAUGGGUACUAUGGGAGGCUCUACUACUAGCACAAUGGAUGUCGACCCAGAGGAUCCUGACUCCGACAUCCCUGACGAACUCCAAAUUCUCCUUGCUGGUAACUAUGAGAGCGACGAGAAUGACACAGUGCCAUUCCCCAUCAAUGUCUCUCAGGAUCUGCCGCCUUCCCCUGGUCUUCCUCCGGAGAGUCCGCUGCCCGAGCCGACUCCCAGACUGUCAUUGGAGCUUAACUUCGACGCUCCGGUUUUCCGCGCUUUACUCAAUGACGAGGAGGGUAACCAAGCUGAUAUUGACGAAGGCGGCGUGUCCUCUCCCGGGGAGGAUGACACCAACAAGUCAUUUGACUUUACAGGUGAACUGAAGAAGCUGAAUGAAUCCGGUGGCUCAGACCGACGCAGCUUCAUCGAGCAGCUUGAGAGUGCCUUCCGUACGCCAGCUCAGUUCGAUUUGCGAUACGAUGUCGGUGAUCGCUUGGAAGUUGGACUUGAUCAGCGCUUUGCUGACGUUCCACCCAUACCGGCACUUCCUGUUCCCCUCCGGCCUGCAGAGGAUGAUUCGCAGCGUUCAAUAAGCCAUGAAGUAGGCCAGGAAGCUGUUGCCGACAGCAGGUCCACAGAAAACCCGCGGCUGGGAAGUCCAGCUCCUUCAUUGGACUGGAUGGCUCCGGAACCUGAUAUACUGCCCGUGUGUGCACUUGCAGCGGUCAAAACAAGUGACGCUGAGUCGCUCGGUUCGCGACCAUCUGAUGGCAAGCUGAACAAAGAAUUCAAGUUUGGAGGUCUCCCUUCGCCGGAAUACCGUGUGUCCCCGAAAUCAACAUACAGCGAGGAGAGGCCACUCACAUUGUCGGACAUCAUCCCUUCGCCGCGCCACGCUCGUGCUCUAUCCAACGGUUCCAUUCUGGAUGAAGAGAACUCGGUGCUGCAGUCCAUAUAUGCUAAAGCGGCCGAAAUCCCGGCGCCGGUCCCCUCCCGUCUAUCGACGGGUUCCAUUCCCGAGGAAGAGAACUCAGUCUUGAAGUCGAUCUUUGCGAAGGCCAGCGAUAUUCCUGCGCCUUCUCCUCGUUUACGUCUUGACUCCGACACUAGUUCGAAGAGAAGGGCUCGUGAUCUGGCACUUUCCAAAUUAUCUGGUGCUCACUCCAGACAGGUAUCCGAGGUCAGCUUUGAUGGCUUCGAUUCGUUCGAUGAGAUAAGGCGGGGAUUCGAAUUCCAUCCGAAUAACCGUCCGGCUUUCUACCCUCCACCACAAGCUACUUAUCGGCGUGGUCACGCACGGGACGAGUCUCUUUUCAGUAUCGCCUCAGUAUCAUCGUAUGGCGUUGUCCUCAACUCGGGCGCCCAAGAUCCUUUCGAAUAUGGAUUGCCAGGGGUGCUGGCCUCCGAUGAUGCUUCGUCCAUGUCAAUGUCUGUCGAUGACACAUUCUCCUUCCUGAAGCAUCAGCCUCAGCGCAAGCGGGUGGACAGCGACACAUCGAGCUUUUACUUCAAUGCACCGGGAAAUCGCAAUUCCCAGGUCGCUAGACGUGGUCAUCGUCGCCAUGAAUCCGGCAUCUCGGUCACAUCAGUUGGUCCUCCCGUCAGCCUCUACAAUCGCAGCUUCAAGGCGCAUCAUCGUACUACUUCAAGCACCAGCGGCAGUUCCAUCGCCCACAAUUAUGCGAUGUAUGGAGCCAAUGGUGGGAGGGUAGCGUGGGCGAGGCACCGUCAUGAUCCCUCCGUCGACUCUAUUCUCAGUGAUUUCUCGGCAAUGCGCUUAGGGCGCCCCGACCUUGGUGACAAGAUGUUCUCUUCUGUUCCUGAACACGGUGUUCCCCUUACUGCCAUAUCCGCUUCUCCGCCGGAAAGUCGUUAUAGCAGAGACGAAAGCCAGUACAGCGGAGAUGAUGACCAGCGAUCUUCCUACGACUCUAUUAUAGAUGAAGAUCGGAGAACGUCCGUCCAGGAUUCCCUCUUUGAGAAGACAGGAUAUCGCACGUCUGUCUCGUCGGAGUCUGUUUUCGGGAAUGACUACUCUCAUCCAAUCCAGGGCAGUCUCAUGCCUCCUCACUUCCGACCUAUCUCCAUGUAUAGUGAAGUGAGUAUUCAUAGCCCGGAGAACGAGGAUGAUACUCUGAUCUCGAUGCUGGGUGGAGGGCAUGUUCGGCGUCAGUCCAUAGGGUCCAUAAUGGAAGCAUCCCCAUGUGUCAAAUUCGGCAAGAAGAAACAUGAUGGGCUCGAUGGCCGGGUGCAGGUGAUUGAACGCGAGCUGGCUCCCAAGGCUUCCAUGGCUUCGACGUCCUCCCAUCAAUUCGGUCAUCGUAGGAUGCAGCAAGCCACUCGUGGGUUGUUAGUUCGACAGAGUCUGGAAGAGAACUGUCUUAGCUCGGAUGGUGAUAAUGACAGCACAACAUCCUCAUGGGUUCAACUGAGCUUCCCUAAUCCCGGACGCACCUCGAGGCCUCGCUCCGGUACUUCUGCUACGUAUGCCAGCUCGGGUGCUGAGACUCCGCCUCUGUCUUCCGAUGGAUCGUCUCAGUCUGGUGGUUCUCAAUCCAGCAUAGAUGUCGCUCAUCUCAACGCCAUGCUGUCCAACGCAACCUACCCCAUCACGCACAGACCUGCUCCUCGACAAAGGACGCGGUCUCGAGGCGCUGGUCAUCGUCGCCGGAUUUCCCAAGCUCGGGCUUCUCGUCAUUCGGUUUACUCGGUCUACGAAACAAUCCAGGAGGAAAUGUCGGGCGCCUCCAGUCCUGCAUCACCCGCAAGCCCGGCUUCUAUCGACGCGACUGCUGGUUCAUUCCCAUCUGACUCGAUCCUGGUCGUCGACCAAGACAUAGCCUCUGGUGAAUGGGAUGACGAGGGCGGUCCGACAGUCUUGCGGAAGUACUAUGCGCUGCGGCACGAGGCCGAGGAAACAGUCGAGGAGACUUUCCAGCCUCCCCGGCGUCCAGAGGGUAUGAAGGCGCUGCUCGAGCACUCUCAGAACAACUACGGCCCGCUGCCGUCUGAGCUCCGCCCCCGUCGCAUCCGUUCGCGCGUCAACUCGCGGCCGUCACCGUAUCCUCGCGCCAGUCCCAGCUUCUCGGUCUCGCCAGACGAGGUUCGGUUUAUCCAUAUGGAACACGAACAAGGACAAGGCCAGACCCCGGAGAACGCCCGUCCCUCGGUCCUCCAGGACGUGUCUGUCAACCCGAACGUCCUGUCUCCGCCGCCGGCUCUGGAGGCUAUCAAGGCUGUCUCGCCUCUGGGACUCAAAUUCGACAAGUCGCAGGGCGAGGACUCGAUGAACCUCCCGCAAGCGCCCCGGCCGCGCGUCACGUCCAGUACGCGUCGCGCCGCGCUCGGCUGGUCGAAACGCGGGGCGGCGCCAAAGUCGAAGGCUAACAAGGAAAAUUCUAUUAUGAACGAGAGCUUGGUGAUGAGUGCACCCCAAUCGCUGAGGAUAAACCGCCCGCGUCCGCGCGGUCGUCCUACGCCUGCACGUCGUUAAACCAUGUCUCUCUGGUCCCGCACUGCUGCUUAUGUCUAUGGCCGACGUCUGCUCAUCUAUGCCCAUCUCGCUCGAUCUCGAUAUCUCUGCAAAUUCAACUCCUACUCCGAACCCAAAUCGCAUCUCGCAUAUGGCAUCCAACUCGCACUUGCAAACCCAUUCGCAUCUUCGGCGCAUUACACCACUCACGUUGUACGAAAGCACGCAUCAUCAUCAUUGCAACGAAUAGACGUGAGCUUUCCGAGGUUCUUUGUGUAUAGAUUGAUGUGUUUCGAGCAUUUGCUUCUGCUAGUCAAGUUGCCUCGCUCUGUUUCUUGCUGUGUCCCCGGGCCCUGGUGGCCUUGGGUGCUGUCGAUAAUGAUAA